GUGGUCGACAUAUGACAUAAGAUACCAGCAGAUAAACAUGACCAUUUUACGGGAACUGGUUGGUGGGAAAGCACUUAUCUUUAUCGUUGUGUUGGGAUUGGGUGGAACUUUUCAGAAUGGAUUUCAUCUCACAGCGAUCAGCUCUCCGACUCCUUACAUUCAGAGCUUCAUUAACAGCAGCUGGACGUAUCACUAUGGGGAUAUUCCAGGAGAGAAGACCGUCACCUUUAUCUGGUCUGCUGUGGUGGCUCUAUAUGCUUUAGGAGGUCUCAUUGGCUCCAUGACUGUCAGAUACUUUGCCAGUCACCUGGGAAGAAAAGGAACCAUGCUGUUAAACAGUGCAAUCGGAAUUGUGGCUACAGUAAUCAUGUACAUUAGUAAACCUACAUACUCAUUUGAGCUGAUCCUUGUAGCACGCUUCCUAUUUGGAUUCGGAGCAGGGUUGGGUGGGAAUGUACACGCCAUUUACCUUGGUGAGAGCUCACCGAAGAAAAUCAGAGGCAUGGUGACACUUACAGCCGCUACCUUUUUGGGCCUUGGGAAACUCUCAGGACAAUUUGCUGGUCUGAGGGAAAUUCUUGGCCGUGAAGACUGCUGGAACAUUCUUCUAUGCAUCCCGUCAUUUUUUUGUAUGGUCCAGCUGGCAAUCUUGCCGUUUUUCCCUGAAGCUCCACGAUAUGUUCUGAUAGAGAAAGGCAACACUCAACAGUGCAAAAAAGCACUGCAGAGUCUGUGGGGACCAGGUGAUUAUAAGUUGGAGAUACAGGACAUGUUAGCAGAGCAGGCAGUGAUUGGAAAGGAGCAUAAUAAGAGUCUGCUGGAUCUGCUGAGAGAAAAACACCUGCGUUGGCAGGUCCUUUCCAUGGUGGUCAUAAACGGAUGCAUCCAGUUCAGCGGCGUCGCUGCUAUCACAGUGUUCUCUUUCAACGUCUUUUUGGAAGCGGGUAUUCCAGUGGACAAGAUCCGUUACGUCACUCUGGGCAUAGGAGCAUCAGAAGUCCUUCUCAGCAUAACCUGUAGCCUGUUCAUUGAGACCGUGGGGAGGAAAGUUUUGCUGUGGAGAGGGUUUGGGGGAAUGUCGACCAUUAUGGCAUUAAUCACCGUCGCCCUGUACCUAAAGGACUACAGCUCUGUGAUUUCAUACUGCACUGUCGUCCUCAUUUUCCUGUUCAUCAUCUUCUAUGCGGCAGGCCCAGCUGGAAUUGUCCCGUCCCUCGCCAGUGAGAUCGUCAUCCAGUCAUACCGGCCGGCUGCAUUUAUGUUUACCGGCUUACUGCGCUGGCUGGGAUUCACCAUGUUUGGAUUCAUCUUCCCAUUCCUUAUUGCCUUUCUGAAGUCUCUGAGCUUUGUUCUCUUCUCCUGCAUUUGCCUGAUAGCUGCUCUCUACGUCUACUUCAUCCUUCCUGAAACAAAAGACAAAACUCUCCUUGAGAUUUCCCAAGAGUUCAAGAACAUCAGAGUGUGUGGAUCCUCCACAGAAGACGUCAUGUGCUUAGAGACCAAGCUCUGAAGAUGAUUUUGAUUUAUGAUGUGGAAUAGAUGUGGACUGAAGAAAUAUUAAAUUAUCAUAUUUAUCAACAUUACAUUUAUAAAGACUUUCAGGUGGAUGGGUGGUCUUGGGUUUAUUUAGCAAUAAUGGCCAGAUGACAGUCCAUUAUCCUACUUAAUAUAAAUGCACAAAAUGUUACUUUGUGAGAAGACAGCAUUUAAACAGCUGUUGAGAAAACUGAUAGCUAUAACGGUUAAUAUAUUUUAGUGACCAGAAAGCUGUUUAACAAAAGACAUUAUACUAGACUUGACUUUUUUGGAUGAAAAAUGUGAAAUGCAAAACUUGUUUUGUUAUUUGAUCUGCAUGUUCUGUUAUUUAAGAGACGUUUCAUGUUUAAGAAAAAAUGGUACAUUUUUUGCUUCAUUUAUUUUCACUACCACUCAGAACACCUUAUAAAACUUAAGGACCUUUUCAUUCUUCUUUUUUUUCCCCUUUCCUUCCUCAGUGUCUGAACAAUGUCUAACAACAUUACGUAUUGUCUGAAGUAACCCAUGAUUAUUUCUUACAUAACCUACUAGUUGUUCAUGAACUAGCUAAAGGCUGAAAUCCACUUUGUGACUUUUGUCAAGAUUUUUGCACAGAUUUACAGCCUGGCUGCAAUAAAAUUGCAAUGAUUUCUACAAAAGCUAGUUGCCCAAAUAUUUGAUAUUUGACAGGUUUCAGAGAUUUUGCAUAGUGUAUGAUGAACACAGACUGUCCUCCAGUCGGAGGAAAUCAAACAUGUUGAUAUUUCGAGCCAUUUUUAGUACACAUAUUGUUUUCAUUUGUUACACAUCCCUUAGAAAUAAGCUUCUAAUUCAUUUAGUACAUGAUGCACCAUUUUUCUCAGCAGUUUACAAAGUCAGCAAGCGUUUGAUGCCUGGUGUUUUGAAAUCUGUUCAGAAUAAAAAGCAUGUAGUGUAUUCCAGCCCUAAGCAAACAUAAUAUCAUUGUAACCUCUGCAUGAUUUCCUUCUUUCCAUUUCUAUCGUAGUGCAGAUAGCUGAACUAUUAAGUGAGGUUGACCCUACUAAAUCAGCCCACCCAAGUUAUUGCACAGGGGCUUUCGGUUUGUGAAACCCCAUGAAGGUUCAGCUCAGGGACUUUCUGUCUUAUCAGUCCUUCACAGGCUGUACUAGGCUUCCCAACCUCAUUAGCCGUUUAAUAAGUACUGUGUGAACGUCACAGAGCAGAAAUGAUUGACAUAACUACAUGCUUCAUCAGCACUUCAGCUGUUUCACAGGAUUAAGUGGAGGAUUAAUUUAACUGACUAUCAUUUUGGACAUCCCUAAACACGCAAAGUAUAUUGUAUUAGAACAACUUUAUAUCCACAACAUAUUCCCUAAUGGGAAUUAUACAGUUUUAGUUAGAAAUUAGGGGAUUCUAUAGAGGCACAGGUUUGAAGAUAACCUCCUAGGCCCAAAGCCAAUUAUUUUGACAACUAUUAAUAAACUACAUAUGUGCAUAAAUGUGUUACUAGCAGCAAAACCAAUCAUGGAUAUUAGGAAUUUGGUAGAGAGCAAAACUACAAUAUACACAGGGUUUUUUAAAAACAGCAAAAAUAAAUGAUUAAUGUAUAAGUUUCCAAUACCUGUUAUGUGACCUUCAUAUGACAAAA